AUGGUCUCUUUCAACUUCACAUCCGCUCUCGCAGCGGCAGCGAUGAUGAUGAUGGCCUCUGCUCAGGAGACCUCUGAUGCCUUCUGGGGUACCGUAACAACACCUUCGGCCAUUGCGUCGCCGACGACCACCUUGCCUGCCAGUGCUAUGCAGACGAUCGGCUGCUUCGAGACCGGAACACCGCUGUCCAACUAUGGCUUCUACGAAUACCAGAGCCCUGGUAACUGCCAGCUGGUCUGCAUUGAGGAGGGAAAAAAUGUUCUUGGUCUGGCAAACGGUGUCGACUGCUGGUGUGGAGACAAAAUCCCUGCAACAGAAUGGCAGGUCAGCAACGACACAUGCAGUACAACGUGCGCAGGAACAAAGGACGAAUUGUGCGGUGGGGAUAACAAGCUCUGGGUCAUGCUUACUGGAAACACACGCAACAAGGUCGAUCACUACGAAAUCCCUGUCGACUCCUCAUCAUCAUCAUCAGCAAAGAAGUCGUCGACUGCGGCACCUAGCUCGACCGCUGCCGCCUCCGCCUCCGCCACACCGACAAAGACUGCUUCCAGCCAUUCGGACAGCAAGCCUAAUACGGCCGGCAUCGCCGCAGGAGUGGUAGUCGGUGUUGUCGGUCUUGCUGCCAUCAUCGGUGGUGUAUGGUUCUUCCUGCGACGCAGACGCCAGCGUCAGGCUGAGGAGGACUACCGCCGCAACGCAGUCGGCGUGAACGACUUCAUCAACGGAGGCAAGACAAGCGCCUCUUCCAUGAACGACUCGCGCAUUGACCCCAGCUUCAUGGACCGAAGGCAGAGCAAUGGCAGCAUUGCGGAUAACGAAGACUACUCGAGGAGGAUAUUGAAGGUCACCAAUGUAUGA